AUGGCGGCCAGAGUUGUUGUUGCAAUUGAGAACCCUCAUGACAUAAUUGUUCAGUCUGUUAGGCCCUAUGGUCAGAGAGCUGUCUUGAAGUUUGCCCAAUAUACUGGUGCUCAUGUAAUUGCUGGUCGCCAUACUCCUGGAACAUUUACUAAUCAGCUUCAGACUUCAUUUAGUGAGCCUCGUCCUCUUAAAGAAGCUGCUCUUGGGAACAUUCCCACCAUUGCCUUUUGUGAUACUGAUUCCCCAAUGGGGUAUGUUGAUAUUGGCAUACCUGCUAAUAACAAGGGGAAGCACAACAUUGGCUGUUUGUUCUGGCUAUUGGCGAGGAUAGUUCUACAGAUGCGCAACACAAUUCCUCAAGGGCACAAGUGGGAUGUUAUGGAUACACACGUCUUAAUACUAAAUAUUGGUGUACUGAAUGCACUUAAUUUAUCUGAUGGUGGUGCACCACAAAUGGGAGCCCUUAGAACUCAUCUGAUGAAUCAAAUGUGGGCAUCAUUCAGAGGCAAUGCUACAUGA